AUUUUGCCAUUGCUUAUUUGUUAAUUAGAUUUUGUUUUGUGAUGAAGACUUCGUAAGAACAUAAAGCUAGAAUUUGGUUUUGUAUUGUGUUUACCAUAGAAAACUAAUACUCUUAAUCUAUCACCAGUAGGUACUUGGUACCUUUUCAAUAUUAAUUUUUCAAUUAUUUUGUAGCGUUGUGCUGUAUUUAAACUCUAGACUCAUUAAAUCACUGACGUUACAGCUUACUACUUGUUUAACGUUUAUAUUUAUCGGCUAUAAAAUGCCUCUUAUUAAGUUGCAAAGUUCCGACGGAGAAGUAUUUCAAGUUGACUUCGAUAUUGCUAAAGCUUCGGUUACCAUUAAAACUAUGGUUGAAGACUUGGGAUUAGAAGACGACGACGAAGAAAUUGUUCCAUUGCCUAAUGUGAACGCAGGUAUAUUAAAAAAAGUUAUUCAAUGGGCAACUUAUCACAAGGAUGACCCACCACCAGCAGAUGAUGACGAGGGUCGUGAAAAACGCACAGACGAUAUAUCAAGUUGGGAUGCAGAUUUUUUAAAAGUGGACCAAGGUACUCUAUUUGAACUCAUAUUAGCAGCUAAUUAUUUGGAUAUCAAAGGCCUAUUGGAUGUGACCUGUAAGACUGUUGCUAAUAUGAUCAAAGGUAAAACACCCGAGGAGAUCAGAAAGACAUUUAAUAUUAAAAACGAUUUUACUGCUGCCGAGGAAGAUCAGGUGCGUAAGGAAAACGAGUGGUGUGAAGAAAAGUAAAUUAUUCUUAUUCAUAAAUUUAAACAUUUUCUUUCUAUCUUAUAAUAAUUUUACAUUUCUAAUCGUCAAUAUUUUGAUUUUUUAUUUAUUUAUCUUAUGUAAUAAAACUUUAUUGUAGUUAAAUUUGUUUUGUAAGGAUUUAAAUAACAAUCACAAAAAUCUUUGUAUUUCCUCUGUUGUACAAUUAUAUAUUAUUGUAUUUUAUCCUUUGAUUAAUAAGUUUAUAGUUUAAAUAUUAUUACUUCUUGGCUGAUAACACAAAUGUGUAAAGUGUUCUGAUUUUCUGAUGUUCUGUAUAAAAUAAUACUUGUUUAACUAGUAAAUUUAGUUAAAACUUAAGUUUUGCAGAAUAAUAAUGUUUAAAAAUUAAAAUAUACGCGCAUAUUGCCCAAUUGACUUUUUAUUUGUUGUUA